CUUAUAUUGCUCAAAGUUCUUUCUGCAGCAAAGAAAGAAACAACAAUCCCAAAAUGAGCUGCUGUAAGCCUAAAAAAUCCAAAAGUUUCCCCAUAGCCAAGACCCCAUCACAAAAAGAAACCCCAGAAACCAAAAAUAUCAAACAUGAAGUUCUUUUAAGUAUUCCAGGAUGCAAAGUUCAUCUAAUGGAUGAAGGAGAAACUUUAGAACUUUCAAAUGGUUUCUUCACAAUAUUUUCUAUAUUAGAAGAAGAUGUUUGUGUGGCUACAAUUGUAAAAGUUGGUGAUGAACUUCAAUGGCCAUUAACUAAAGAUGAACCUGUAGUGAAACUUGAUGCUUUGCAUUAUUUAUUUACUUUGCCUGUUAUAGAUGGUCAUCCAUUGAGUUAUGGUGUGACAUUUUCAGAAAAUGGUAGUGGAAAUCUUGGAUUUUUGGAUGCAUUUCUUAAAGAAAAUACUUUGUUUACUUGUUCUUUAUCAUCAUCAAAUAGGAGAAAUGAUAUUGAAUGGAAAGAGUUUGCUCCUAGAAUUGAAGAUUAUAAUAAUGUUUUGGCUAAGGCAAUUGCUGGAGGUACAGGUCAAAUUGUUAAAGGGAUCUUCAAAUGUAGCAAUGCUUAUACUAAUCAGGUACAAAAGGGAGGGGAAAACAUCUUAAUUCCAGCUGUAGAGAACUCUGGUUCUACUGCUACCAAAAGGAAAGGCAAUGCUACAAAGAAGAAUGCAGUCAAUGAAAGCCUAAAACGUGUGAGGAAGCUGUCAAAGAUGACAGAAAAGAUGAGCAAAUCUAUGCUUAAUGGGGUUGGAAUUGUAACUGGUUCAGUUAUGGGGCCAAUGGUUAGGUCUCAAGCUGGCAAGAAAUUCUUGGCCAUGGUUCCUGGAGAAGUUCUUUUGGCUUCACUUGAUGCUGUUAACAAGAUCUUAGAUGCUGCUGAAGCUGCUGAAAAACAAACACUGUCUGCAACUUCUGGUGCUGUGACUAGGAUGGUCACCAAUAGAUUUGGAGAGAAUGCAGGGGAAGCAACAGAAGAUGCAUUAGCAACAGUAGGGCACUGUGCAGGAACUGCUUGGAAUGUAUUCAAAAUAAGGAAGGCCCUUAAUCCUGCUUCUUCUGUCUCCUCUGGAGCACUCAAUGCAGCAAAAACAAGAAAAUAAUAAUAGUACCAAGAACUUAAGGAAAGAAAGAAAGUUGUUGUAAGACAUAAAGGAAUGAAAAUGACAUUGUUUCUCAAUUUGCUUGAAAAGUAUCUUCACAAUAUGGAUCAUCACAUUGUUGGGCUAAAUCAGCUCAAAGGCACACUUAUUAUGACGUAAUAUUGUUCGUUUUGGACGAAA